CCAGGCCUUGUCUGGACAAGGAGCCAGGCGUGUCGGAGGCCGUGGCGGCUCCUCCCCCUGGCCGGGCGCUUCGUGCGGCUGUUCUGGCCGUACAGCCUGGCUGCGGCUGCGGCUGGGGGUUCCUCGGGCGAGGAUGGAGCAGUAGCCCGUCUUCUUUUUCCUCGCAGGACUUCGCCUGCGGCGGUACUGACCAUGAGCUCCGAGCGUAGGGAGCAGGCGACGCCCCAGUCUGACGGAGGUGGCUGCGCCUGUGGCCGCCGGGGCAGCGGCGGAGGCAGCUGGCGCCUCUUCCUGGGCUUCUUCGCGCUCUCGCUUGCGCUGCACCUCCUUACCCUGGGCUGCUACCUGGAGCUGCGUUCCGAGCUCCGCCGGGAGCGGGACCCCGAUCCCACGCCUUCCCCCCGUCACGGAGGUACCGCGGCCGCCCAGGGCUCUGCUGGCUCGGCCCGCCUGCAGCGCCUCGCUGAACCCACGGACCGCCGCCAGCAGCUGGCCUUGCUGAAUUUCUUCCUCCCUGAAGAAAAAUCGCAUCUUGAAGAAGAAACUAGGCAUGUACGCCGAAAUAAAAGGAGUAAAAGUAGUGAAGGACCUGAUGGUCCAAGUUCAGUUAAAAACAAGAAAAAGGGUAAAAAGGCUGGUCCUCCAGGGCCCAAUGGUCCUCAAGGGCCCCCAGGACCUCCUGGACCCCAGGGCCCCCCAGGAAUCCCAGGGAUCCCUGGAAUUCCAGGCACAACUGUAAUGGGACCACCUGGUCCUCCUGGUCCUCCUGGCCCCCAGGGACCACCUGGGCUGCAGGGCCCUUCAGGUGCGACAGACAAAGCUGGCUCCAGGGAGACACAGCCAGCUGUGGUUCAUCUCCAGGGCCAAGGGUCAGCAAUUCAAGUAAAAAAUGGUGGAGUGCUCAAUGACUGGUCUCGCAUCAUUAUGAACCCCAAGGUGUUUAAGCUGCAUGCACGCAGUGGGGAGCUGGAGGUACUGGUGGACGGCACAUACUUCAUCUAUAGUCAGGUAGAAGUGUACUACAUAAACUUCACAGAUUUUGCCAGCUAUGAGGUGGUGGUGGAUGAAAAGCCAUUCCUACAGUGCACCCGGAGUAUUGAGACAGGCAAGACCAACUUCAACACCUGUUACACAGCUGGGGUCUGCCUCCUCAAAGCCAGGCAGAAAAUUGCAGUGAAAAUGGUCCAUGCUGACAUCUCCAUCAACAUGAGCAAGCACACGACUUUCUUUGGGGCCAUACGGCUAGGAGACGCACCAACAUCUUAGAUGAACUUGGCAUAUACAUGGAGUCUCCCAGAACUGCACAGUGCUGCUUUUCAUAAGAGUAUGAGGGGGUUCUAUAAUACAGCCACAAAGAAAACUGAUCCAGAGCUAUUUAUUUCUUUAUGUGGAUACAGGAAGAGCAAGUUCACCUGUGAUUUGCAUGGAGACUUGUAUUGGAAAGGCAGUUGAGAAAGCAUUGUGAGGAAGAAAGGCUAGCAUGUCCUUUCUUGCCUCAGUGUUUCAAGUAUUACUGCACUGAUAUUCUGCUCUGUGGUCCUCACCCAAGAUUUGUGGUAGGAAUGAUAUGGGUUUCCUGCUUUUAUGUUGCACUAGCUAUAGCAUCCAUGGCAGCAGCAGAAGGCGAGAAAAGACAGACUUUCUGAUGAGUUGUUCUCUCUAGGCACUCAUACACUGCUGCCUUUGCACACUUAGGGCAAGAAACCUGUGGGGUUCUCCACCUAUGAGGGAGAGUUCUAAUUUAGGGCAAUGGUGUUGCAGUGUGAAAGGUGAGAAUGAGCCCUGGUCAGUGAUAUUUACAUUCAUUCUCUGGACUGUAAGAAUAAGUAGGUUGAGGGCUUGGAAGCAGGCUGCAAAUGCAAUGAGCAUUUGAUGAGCAUUAAAACAUAGUCACAAAAUAAAAUGAUACCACGUAAAACAAACUCUCAGCAUUUUGCAAGCCCAGCAUUGAAAUGCUCUAGGCAGCAAUGACCACAAGAUGUUUCAGUGCCACUGGUACUUUAAGCUCCUGCCACAUACCCAGAGGUUUAAGUUGCUCUAAUGGGCACUUCCUGGAAGUGGUGGUGUUGCAACAGCAACUUGUGAUUUUACAAAACUAACAUGUUGCAUAUGAGGAAAUAUUUACAUAGGCUUCAUAGUGCAGCAUGCUGCAAACACGGCUACCCACAUACACACUCUGCUGCACUCACUGAAAUGGGUAUUUUUAAGAUUAACAUAUACAAGCAAACAGGGAAAUAUUUUCUGUGUUAUUGGCAAUUAUGUGCUGGGUUUUAGGUGCUUUAUUCUUGUUCUACACUAGUGAAGAAUCUUUCAUUUCUUGUCUGCCCUUCUCUAUCAGAAAGACAGUGUAAUAAGUGGUGGUAAACUAUUUUCCAAAAAGACCUGAACUGAAAACUUUGGUCCAACUCAUACACACUCUUCCCACUUCUCUUUUCUCUGGACUCAACUGAUUCUAGUCCCAAUAUACCUUUUAGGCACUAAUGGAAAAAUUAGAAGACUAUGUUUCUUCAGGCUUUCUGAGCAGCUCUUUCCUACUAUUUCCAUUUGAUUGGUGAGAUCUAAAUCCAAGAGCUGCACUUGAAUUGGAGAAGGGGAAAGAGCUUUAUUCACUCCUCUGUAUCAUACCCUUUAAAAAAAAACUGGCCAUCUUUGAACAGAGCUUUUCCCAAAAAUACAGAUUAUAUAUGGGAGGGUG